AUGGUGAAACUCGCGCUGGCCAAGAUACUCCAGCGCAAGCACAGUACUGCCUUCCCCCAAUAUGAUGUGCCUCCAGUCGCUUCUGGUGAGCUGCAACCGCCCUCUGCAGCUCCGGAGGCAGCCUCCAAGUCGCAGUCGAAACGUGGCCGACCUUCGAAGAGCGACCAGGAGGUUUGGACGAUGUCCUCCACGGAGACUCUGUUUACUACGAGGUAUGUGAAUGCAAGAUACGAAUUCGCACGUGCACGCAACCACGCUCAGGUUGAUGCCUCAUGGAUCACUGGUCAACAAGACUGA